UGUGUGAUUUCCGACAGUACGUGAAGGCAGCGUAACCAACAGACAGCACUAACUGUUACGGCUAGCAGACUUUAGCUUCAGCUAACGGGACAAGAAGCGGCAGCGGCGGCGUAAACAAACUUCACUUCAAACAUGUCAGGUCCCGGACCAGAAGGUUCUGGCGCAGCGUCAGGCAACAGGCGCCUGCAGCAGACACAGGCCCAGGUGGAUGAGGUGGUGGAUAUUAUGCGAGUUAAUGUGGACAAAGUGCUGGAGCGUGACCAGAAGCUGUCUGAACUGGAUGACCGAGCAGACGCGCUGCAGGCUGGAGCCUCCCAGUUCGAGACCAGUGCUGCUAAGCUGAAGAGGAAGUACUGGUGGAAGAACUGCAAGAUGUGGGCCAUCCUGAUAGCAGUCAUAGUGAUCAUCAUCAUCAUCAUUGUUAUUUGGAGUUAUUCGUAAAGUGGCAACAAGCGGAGGAGGAGUGGAGGGAACGAUGAAGAAGAGGAGAGGGGCAACGUGCACAAUGAAUGUCUCAGAGGAAAACGUCACAUGAUUACUGGCUACUGAGCUCCUCAACAUUUUUCCCAUCUUACAGUUGGUCUUCAUUCCUUGUCCCGGUUUGAACUGUGUGAGUGUGUGUGUGUGUGUUUGCACAUGUGCCUGAGUAAAGGAGAUCGUGAUUUAAAAAAAAAAAAAAAAAAAAAGUUUUACCCUGCAUUGCUAAAGCCAUACCAGACAUCAUUUAACUUGUAUUUGAGUGCCAUACACACAACUUGCCAAAGACAAAAGAAACCUAUGUACAGAAACAAGUCGACGAUUAAACUAAAAAAAACAAAACACACACACACAGACUCACUCAUACUCCAACCUCAGGACUAGAAGUGAAGAACGUUGUAAACUCUCCUCAACUUAUAUUUACUUUUUUUAUGUUUUAUUAAUAGCCAUUGAUAUUGUGUGCCAGGCUAAGAGAAGUGCCUUUUGAAGAUGUACUGUUCUGUGUUAGUUUAGAUUGUAACAGUAACUCCUUUCCAACACAUACAUAUACAUUUUAGAGUGCCAGUGUUUAGAUUUAAAUCGCUGGUCUGUCAUUUCAUGACCGGCUGACUGACUUUUGUUUUUACGCACAUGGGUUCUCCGUGUAAGACAUUUGAUUUUCGAUUGAAUAAAGAAGAAUUUCGUCAGUCACCCAACAGCAAAAAGCUAACAAGUAACACUCUGUCGCACCACCUGAUCAUAUUUUUGUUUUUGUCCAUCUUCCUUUUUCAGGUAGGGCUUAGCUACGGGAAGCACAAGUCUGAGCUUGUGUGUUUAGAUAAGUGCCUACACGCUAAGACCAAACAGCCUAACGGUUAGGCAAUGCUAAAGAAACUGCCGCUGAGUUCUCGAUAAAAGAACAACAACAACAAAAAAAAAAAGUGCUACACUGGGUUAAAAAAGUGGUGAAUUGUGCCAGAAAGUUUGCCUUUGUGAAAAAUUAAACAAGGUAAGACGAAAGCAGUAGCCGGAUACCUUGGUGGGUUUCUCCAAUGGAGAAUAGCCAAAACACAGCCGUGCCUUGUUGGUCACAUGUAACAGUAAAAGAGCUGUGCCUUCUGAACACUUUGACUGUCCGUACUAAUUCUGUGCUGCUGAGCUUAUUAAUCUUUCCUUUAUUCAGUCACACUGGCAUUUGUACCAUCUGAUCAAGUACUUCUCGAGUGUGAUAUUUUAGCCAUUAUUCUAAUAACCAUAGCUUUUUUUCUUCUUUUCUUUUUUUUGCAAUAUAUUAUAUGUAGAAUUAACCUUAAGGAGACUGUAUAGUAUCUUUUGUCUACGUGUUCACUGCUGCUGAGGAUUAUGCGUGUUCAUAUAGAAACACUUUGUUGGGCAAUGACAGUGUAAUAUAUACCAUACCAACACUGGAUGAUUGUAUUCCCUGCUGUUGCUUCCAUCCUAUUAAAAUAAAUGUAUUUUAAUGAGACACAA